UUUUUGGAAUGAUUUUGUAUUUUACAUUAUGUAAUGGUUAAAGUCUUAAAGAUUGCCUUGAUCUAUCAUCAUCCCCUGUUUUCUAUUGAAAAUUUCUGGCUCCAAACUCUGCCUGCUUCAGUUCCCUCUCCUUUUGAUUUCCCAAUCAUGGCCUGCAACGUCACAAUUACUGUGGUAAUCAUAAGUGUGAUGUUGAUCUUGAUUCGUCUGCUCUAUGUAUUUUACCGAUCCGGCAAACCCCUCAAAACCAGAGGGUCUGCAGGCUUCGCACUGCCACCCCUUAGUACACUCAUCAUAUUAUUAGGCUCAGGGGGUCACACUUCAGAGAUGCUCAACCUGUUAUCCGUGCUGCAAAAGGACAGAUUCCCCCGGUUCUACAUUGCUGCUGCUACUGACAAUAUGAGCCCCCAGAAAGCUCGCUUGCUAGAAGAGACUGUGGACAAAAUGGAGACUUCACGCUCACAGUUCAUGCAGAUCUUUUGAAGUAGGGAAGUGGGUCAAUCGUAUAUAACCUCUCUGUUGACUACUUUGAUCGCUAUGGUUCAUGGACUUUGGCUAAUGCUAAGCAUCAGACCUCAAGUGAUUCUAUGCAACGGGCCUGGGACUUGUGUUCCACUUUGUGUAAUUGCAUUCUUAUUUAAGGUUGUGGGGAUUAGAUGGUCAUCUGUGUUUUAUGUGGAGAGUAUAGCAAGAGUACAGAGGCUUUCCCUAAGUGGCUUGCUUCUUUACAAGUUAUGCAUAGCUGAUCAAUUCUUUGUGCAAUGGCCACAGCUAGAGAGGAAAUAUCCCCGAGCUCACCAUAUUGGCUGUCUCAUGUAG